AUGUCUGAGACACUCGCCCCCGGCGUGCCGACGACUGGGGUUGCGAUCACCCCGGCAUUAUACUCGCGGCCAGCGCAUUCCCACUCGUGCACGAUCUGCCAGCGGCGCAAGGUCAAGUGCGACCGACAGGAGCCCUGCUCCAACUGUGCUCGGGCAGGGUCGGAAUGCAUCUACCGGGCGCCACGGCCGCCGCGGCGGCGGCGCAGAAAGGUGACGGCUGAAGAGAUUCUAGGUAGCCGCUUGCGACGGUAUGAGGAGAUUUUGAAACAGAACGGGAUAGACCCGUCUGUUUAUUCACGGAGUGACGCUCCAGCGUCGGGAGGGUCGGACUUGUCCAUCAGGACGGCUGAGACCCUUGCUGCCGAUGACAGCCAGGAGCGCCUCACGACGCGGACCGAUGACCAGUCCAGUACGGGCAGGUUGAUUGCAAAGGACGGGAAAUCCGUCUAUUUGGAUAACCAUCUAUGGGCCAGCGUUAGUAACGAGCUGCAAGAUGAAAAGGAUGUUCUUCAAGAGCUGUCGGAUGCCGAGUCGGACGAGUUUGGGCAGAGUGAUUCGGAAGUUGGUCCCGAUGCAUCCUCGCUGCUCUUUGAUCCGCCGUCGCGACGGUCGUUGAUUUUGCUGCAUCCUAACCCUGUCCAUGUCUUUCGAUUCUGGCAAACCUUUCUUGAAAAUGUACAUCCACUCACGAAGAUCGUUCACGCCCCGAGCAUCCAGCAGCAUAUCCUCGAGGCGGCCGGGGACCCGAGCAAGAUUGGCAGGGACCUAGAGGCCUUGAUGUUCUCGAUCUAUUGCAUUUCUCUCAUCUCACUUCAAGACGACGAGGUACGGCAGUCUUUUGGCGAGCCGAGAUCCACUCUUCUAGCACGGUAUAGACGAGGAGCAGAGCUAGCGCUGCAAAACGCUGGGAUCCUGCGGACUUCGAAUCUCAUGGUUCUGCAAGCUUUUAUGCUCUACCUGCUUUCGAUGCGGUCUCUUAUUGAUCCCCAUACUGUCUGGUCGCUCACCGGAAUUGCCGUCCGCAUCUCGCAGCGGAUCGGUCUGCACAAGGACGGAUCCAAUAUUGGCCUGUCUGUCUUCGAGACGGAGCUGCGGCGGCGCAUGUGGCACCAGAUGCUCAUCAUCGAUGCGACUGCCGCCCGACAGUCCGGCUCUGGCCACGUCAUGUUCAUCCCUGCUGCCAACACGAAGGCCCCGCUUAAUGUCAACGACAGCGACCUCGAUCCUCACAUGACCGAACCACCGCGCGAACACAGCGGUCUGACAGAGAUGGUCUUCUGCCUGACGCGCAUCCAGUUCGGGGAAUGGCUACGACAGCAGCCUCAGGGGUCAGGCUUUGACGGCCAUUGGAGCUUCCUGGCCAGUCCCAACAUCUCCCUCGCGCAGAAGGACGAGGCUAUCGACAAGCUGGAGGCGAUGCUGGAGGAGAAGAUUGUCAACCACUGCGACCCAGCGAUUCCGCUGCACUUCAUAUCAACCGUGCUGGCUCGGUCGGUCGUGUCCAUCAUGCGACUCAACGCGCACCACCCACGGCGGUACCAGGGGACGGGGAACAUGAUCGCCCCCGAGGAGCGCGAUAAGAUCUUCCUCGUGUGCUUGCAGGUGGCCGAGUACGCCAUCCUGGUGCACACCACGCCGAGCACGAAGCGCUACUCGUGGCAUGCGGACAAUCACACUCCCUGGGACGCGCUACUCUUCAUCCUCAGCGAGCUGCGCCACCGCUUCCAGGGCAAGGAGGUUGAAAAGGCCUGGUCGCUGAUCGACGCCAACUGCGUUCGCCAGUACCAGCAAAUGAUUGGGCCCUGGGCCAAGCACCCGCUGCACAUCGCUGUCCGCAGGCUCAUCCUCCACACCUGGAAGGCGCACAUCGACGAAUGCGCCAAGAUCAACAUCGCUCCCGUGCCCCGGCCACAGAUCAUCCCGAUCCUACUAGAGCAGCAGACCCGCACGUCGCAGACCGGCUCCGCAGCCGCGUAUACGCUGAAUGUCCCCCUUGCCCCUGUUUAUCCUGCUGCUGCUGCCCCAGUGCUGGACGACCCUGUUCUCGUCGAGGGCCAAGGCAUUCAAUACUCGCCCGGCGCCAUGGCAGAUCUGGAUCAUCUGGACCUGAGCUUGAUCGACGGCGUCUCCGAUUUCAGGGACAGCCCGAUGGACUGGGACCAGUGGGAUAACCUGGUGCAGCAGUUCCAUCAGUAUACGAAUGAGUCGUUUGAAUAUUGA